AUGUACUCGUAUGCAACUGCCCAAGCCUAUUCGGGCAUUCAAAUGCCAAGUAAUGUUUUCAGUGGUUUUCCAUCCUAUGGAAUAGGUCCACCCGUAUCAAAUGGAUUUUUACCGUACGGAGGCCAAGGAUUCAGUCCUUAUUGUGACGUACCACUAGAUUUCGGUAAUCUGUAUCAGUCUCGCCAUUAUCAACAAAUCACUUAUUUACCUGAGCCACCAGCGCAGAUGCAAGUGAUUAGAAAACGAAUGCCUGAUCCACCACCUGAUGUCAUUGAACGUGUCGUAGUUGUACCACAACCAAAAUCGUAUGUCUAUCAAGUUGUUGAAGUUCCUACGAAACCGCCACCUGUCAUUCAAGAUCGUUAUGUUCAAGGCCCCGCUAAUCCUGUUUUAUGUGGUGGCACUUUAUCCGUGCAAGUACCUAGUCAAACAAAUUUAGCUUACAGUAAUGCAGAUGGACGGGUUGGGAUACCUGCGGCUAAUUAUUCGUCUUCAUCACCGGUCGCUUUUGGUGAUGGAGUAAGUUAUGGGGGGGGUGGCGUAAGUUAUGGGGGAAGUGGAGUCAUGUAUACAGGCAGUGGUAUGCAACUAAACACAGGUAGUGGUAUACCUGGCAUGGGUUAUCAGAGUGGACCAGUACAACUUAUCAGAAGCAUGUAG